AUGAAUGUGGUACGAUAUCUUCAUACAGCAUCCACAUUAGCAAAUGGAUCAGUAUUAGCUACUGGUGGAUAUGGUGUAUCUGUUGUAUAUAAUGUUUUUUAUUAUCUAAAUAGUGCUGAAUUGUACAAUCCAUUGACAGGCAUUUGGACAGCCACAGGAAGCAUGAAUGCCGCACGAUAUGGUCACACAGCAUCUAUAUUAGCAAAUGGAUUAGUAUUAGUUACUGGUGGAUACAACGGUAGUAGUUAUUUGAAUAAUGCUGAAUUGUACAAUCCAUUAACAGGCACUUGGAUAACUACAGGAGAUAUGAGUUUUGCACGAGAAUCUCACACAGCAACCACAUUAGCAAACGGAUUAAUAUUAGUUGCUGGUGGAAUUGGUUGGGCUGAUUAUCUUAAUACUUCUGAAUUGUAUAAUCCAUCAACAGGCACUUGGGUAACUACAGGAAAUAUGAGUUUCAUACGAGCAUAUCAUACAGCAUCCGCAUUAGCAAAUGGACUGGUAUUAGUUGUUGGUGGAAGUGACAGCACUGGUUUUUUCAUUUUCAACAGUGCUGAAUUAUACAACCCAUCAACAGGCACUUGGACAACCACAGGAAAUAUGAGUUUUGCACGAAAAUAUCACACAGCAUCCAUAUUAGCAAAUGGAUCAGUAUUAGUUGCUGGUGGAUCUAGUAGUCCUGAUUCCCUAAAUACUGCUGAAUUAUACAAUCCAUCAACAGGCACUUGGACAAUCACAGGAAACAUGAGUGUCAAACGAGCAUCUCACACAGCAUCCAUAUUAGCAAAUGGAAAAGUAUUAGUUGCUGGUGGAGUUGGUAGUAGUGGUUCUCCCAAUAGUGCUGAGCUUUAUUAA